UGUACGACGGAUGUAAACAACGGUCCGUAUAAUAUACACAUUUACGGUACUAGUUCGUGUAAAUAAAUUUUUACUGUGUAUAAUAUUAUACAUGAGUGCGUUAAAUAAAAUAUAAUUAUUAUUAUUUACUGUUUUGUAUUUAAACAAUUUUUGGUUCAAUUAUUUUUUGGUUAUUAUUAUCGUGCACGCGUCGUCUACUUCUAAAAUAAUUUAAAAGACGAUCGCGCGAGCGCAAGCGUCAUCGAAAUAACGGCAUGGAUAUGUUGAUCGUUAAGACCGAAGACGAAAAUGACGAGAGGAAAACUCUCUGCAACAGCAAUAAUAAUAAUAAUAACAACAACAACAAUAACAAUAACAACAACAAUUGCAAGAAGAACAACGGUGUCGGAACGACUACGAAAACAGUGGCGGCGACCGGUGGUGUCGGGACCGGUAGGUCCGAAAAACCACCUUACUCGUACAUAGCCCUAAUCGUCAUGGCAAUCCAAAGUUCGCCGGUUAAAAGGCUCACAUUGAGCGAAAUAUACUCUUUCCUCCAGCACAGAUUCCCUUUCUUCAGAGGUUCCUACCAGGGAUGGAAAAACUCAGUGCGGCACAACCUGUCACUGAACGAAUGUUUCAUCAAGCUGCCGAAAGGGCUGGGGCGUCCGGGAAAAGGUCACUACUGGACAGUAGAUCCAGCGUCGGAGUUGAUGUUCGAAGAGAGCUCGUUCAGACGAAGACCCCGGGGAUUCCGUCGCAAGUGUCAACAGAAGACUGUUGGACCGAUCGGUGGCGUCGGUAGUGGUUACCAAACGUCACAGUACCAUCAGCAUCUACACCACCAUCAUCAUCACCAGAACCUACAGCUACAACAACAGCAACAGCAUCACCAUCAUCCGUCCGUGCAACAGCAACAAUCGCAGUCGUUGCCACAGACACAGCUGUCACCGAUUCUGCCACCUCCACAGCCAUCACAGCCUCCACAACAACAGCAGCAACAGCAACCAAUUGUCACUCAACCUCAUCCCCAACAACCACAACCACAAUCACAAUCGUCGGCUUGUUACCUUCAUGACCAAUACGAUUACAAAGACGCAACGGCUGCAGUGGUCGCGGGAUACCAUCACCAGCAACAACAGCAACAGGAUUACGGUAGUGGUGCAGGCGGUGGAGGAAUAGGCAUCAACAGCGGUGGAGGGUACUGCAGCAGGAACGACCAGUUGGACCAUUUCGCGGCCAACUUUUGGCAAAGUCAAAAGUCUGAAGGUUACGUCGGCGGCACGGGUGGUUACCAAGAACAGUUUGAUUACGGUUGCCAGUAUAACUUAACUCACGACAAUGGUUAUAGCACGGUUGCGAGAAGAUCAGCGACUGCGGCCGGACAAACACAACAGACCGUCAUGGACAACGUUAUGAACGCCAGUAGCGGAUUACCACAACACAUAAGUCUCCACCAUUAUUAUGACUGUCCAAAGUUUUGUUAAGCUGUCGUAGUUUUUAUAUAUAUUAUGAAGCGUGUAUGCAUUGGACUUUCGCAUUUAAAAAAAAGUAUCAAACGUAUAUUAUAAAUGUACACAGUAACAUAUAUAAACCGCAGAUACCAUUCAAAUCGGGAAUUUUCUUUUGUAUAUAUAAAUAUAAAAUAAGAUAUAUUUCGGCUUAAUGUAUGUUUGAUAUUAUCGUGCAUAACGAAAUGUAUAUAACGCUCGUAGACAUUAAAAUGGAUGGUAACCAAAUCGAUAUAUUGAAGCAUUAGGUUAUCGCACGAUUCCUUUCAACAAUAUGUCUUUCACUUUUAAGUUUCAAUGAAUAUUAGAAUAUUUUAUCUUGAUUCUGAAUAGUAUGAUUACCUGGAAAGUCUCAUGAAGCACUCACAAAAAUUUUAUAGCUGACUUCAGUGUGAGCAGUGAGCUGUUGUAAGAAAACUUAGUACAGUACAU